GUAGCCCGCGCAAGUUCCACCAAUCAUUCGCCCUCUGACCUCGAAACUCUCCAAGCUAUCCUCUUUCUCUCUUCCUCUUUCCGCGCCUGUGUGUGUGUGUGAGUGUGUCCGCUCUUGUGGUACCGAACCCCAGCUAGACCACCGUAUCAUCCCCGCUACUCUUCGUCCACCUCCUCUUCCGCCACCAGCUCUUCCUCCUACCCUUCGCUCGCCGAUAGCCGUACGCAUCGCGUGCGCUUUGAGUUUUCGUCACUCGUGACGAAACCCGCGUCUCACAACCACCUCGUGGAGAGAGACCGCAGAAGCGGUACCGAGUACCGGCAGCGAGGCCCUCAUCGGAUCAGCCCGAUACAGGAAGGCACUCUUUGAGGGCACCGGCCUUACACCUGUGUGCAGAGCGACGAAGGACGUGAGAACCGUGGAAUUCCCCCUUGUCGACGACGACCAUGACGAUGAUGUUUCUGCAACGAGCCGUAUUCAUCAUUGCGAUUUUCCUGUGUUGCUUCCAAUCUUGCCUGUGUGUGGAUUGCGAAAAAUAUCCUUACCAUCCUUCGUGCCGAGGCACGAUGAAGAGGAUGUACAAUCCAGACGAACUUCCAAGUUCGCGUUCUAUGUACGGUGAUACGCAUAAUGACUUAUCUACCGGCAAUUGCAAAUCCAAGAUCAAAUAUUUGUUAGCGCUUCUCAGUGAUGAUAUCAAUCGUCCGGACAACUAUCCACAUGACGAUUACGAAGCACCAGUGCGAAGGAAGCUGGGAUCCGAACAAAAGCCGAGGGACAUCUUAUUCGGGAUGAGGAAUAUGAUUCGGGACUACAUUGAUUAAUGCGGCGAUCGCGGGAUAAUAUUCACGCAGAAAAUGACUGACCGAUCGAUACUUCAGACAAAUUACUCUCGUCCGUUUGAUUAUUGUUUUUCAUUAGAUUAUCCGGCUUGAUUCUGUCGUUUUUCCCUGCGAUUCUCGCGUACGUUCCUCGCUAUCUCCCGUUACUAUUUGAUCUCCUUCUUAUCUUCCUCUUACCUUUCCUCCUCUACUUAUUCCAGGUAAAAAUUGACUACCCCUCGCAAAUUUGAUUAGAAAAACGCGCACGCGUAUAUUGUUAGCAAUUUCUGACUUCUCGAUAAUAAAUACCUGAGUUGCAUAACGGAAGAGAUCGAUUUAUUUAGUUAUUAUCAUGUGGAUCUUAUCAAAUUUUAUGGACACGCGGGAGGCGAUGACGUUGCAUUUAAUCUUUUUAAUACCCUCAUAUAUUGAUAUCUCGUAAAUUAUUCUCGACGAUCACUACAGGGUGGGCCCAAAUGAAGCGUCUUGUCAAUCAACUGUUGUCAA